GACCGUGCGGGCUCGGCGGCGGCGGCGCGGCGGUUCCGGGCCGGUGGGAGCGGCCUGCGCUGCCCAUGGCGGGCCCGCGGCUGGAGCCCGAGCUGGCCCGGCAGCUCUUCUUCGAGGGCGCCGCGGUCGUGGUGUUGGGCUUGCCCGAGGGAGCCGAGUUCGGCAUCGACUACAGCGCCUGGACCGUGGGGCCCCGGUUCCGCGGCGUCAAGAUGAUCCCGCCGGGCAUCCACUUCCUGCACUGCAGCGCGGGGCGGGCGGGCGGCAGCCGGGAGACGGGCCCGCGUACCGGCUGCUUCCUCAGCCUGCAGCGGCGGGAGCGGCGGGUGCUGCGCUGGGACACCUGCAGCGAGGCAGUGGGGCUGGCGGCGCCGGCCGCGGGCGAGGCCGAGGCCUUGGCGGAGAACCUGCAGGAGAUGGACCGGUUCCUCGGGCCCUACCCGUACGAGACCCUGAGGAAGUGGGUCUCCCUCACCAGCUACAUCAGCGAGGCGGCGGUGGAGCGGCUGCAACCGGAGAGCGGGCGGAUCUGCGCCUUCUCGGAGGUGCUGCCGGUGGCGGCGGGGCGGCACGCCAGCGAGCGGGCGGAGCAGCGCCGGCCCCGCUUUGACGCCGAGUGCCGCAGCUACGCCGAGGGGCUGGCGCGGCUGCCCCGCAUGGAGCCCAGGGCCGGCACCGAGAUCAGGUUCACGGAGCUGCCGAAGCAGACGUACCCCGACGGAGCUACUCCGGAGGAGAUAACCAGGCACAGCAUGGACCUCAGCUACGCCCUAGAGAGGGUGAUCCGCCAGCGGUACGCCGGCCAGGCUCUGGAGCUGCUCGCUGAGUUGCAGUUUGCUUUCAUCUGUUUCCUGAUUGGGAAUGUAUAUGAUGCAUUUGAGCACUGGAAAAGGCUGUUAAACAUCCUGUGCCGAUCUGAAGAUGCCAUAGGGAAGUAUCAAGACCUUUACAUCAACCUAAUUUCUGUGCUGUAUCACCAGCUCAAUGAAAUCCCAGCUGACUUUUUUGUGGAUAUUGUCUCCCAGGACAACUUUUUAACCAGCACCUUACAGGUGUUUUUUUCCUUCACGUGCAGUGCUGCUGUUGAUGGGACCCUAAGGAAGAAGGCUGAAAAAUUCAAGGCUCACCUAACAAAGAAAUUUAAAUGGGACUUUGAGGCCGAGCCUGAUGAUUGUGCUCCCAUAGUGGUAGAACUUCCUGAGGGUGUGCAGGUGGACUAAGCACAAUGCUUGCUUGGAAACAAACAGCUUUUUAAAGUCACUCUUUCUCCAUAUCUUUUCCAACCAUGCCAGAUUCCUAAAGUCUGUUUCUGAAGUUGUCUCUGCUUUCUGCUGUAGAAGCAGAUGUGGAAAACCCAGGAAGAUUCCUAACUUUGUGAGAAGACCAGAAUUAUUGGAGGAGUUUGUCAUAUGGCUGCUUUGGACACCUGGGUUUUUUUCCCCUAGCUCUUCUGCAGCAUCUCCUCGUUCUGUACUCUGCUCACCUCUAGAUCCCUGGUCCCUUCUGUCCUCCUGGGCUGGAGGUGACCCCUGUUUGGAGAGCAUCUGUGGUUUACACUUGAAGCCUUUGCUGCUCUGAUUUGAUGCUUCCUGAGCGAGGAGUGUAAGCCCACAUGACUGGUCACUGCAGCUUUUGACAGCCCAAACCCAGGCUGUGACCUCCUGCAUUACAGGGGUGUAAGCACAGCUGUUUCAAAACUGUGUUGGAUGCUUCUGCUGGUCACUGUAAUUUAUUGCAAUAAUCUGUUGUGGAGGAGGACUCAAAGCCACAGCAAAACUCCUCCCAUUUCAUGCCCCUAAUCCUGAGGUAUCUUAUUCCUCCCAUUCUGUUAAAGCCUUUUGUAUUUACUGCUGACACUCUGUUUAGCCUGACGUAAAAGAAAGUUAACCGUUUGCUAACAAGAAAUAGAAUUAUUGGGCAGCAGUCACCCAGGUCUUAAAGAAGAGAGCCAGCGUAAGAUUAAAGGUCAGACUUCCACAUGAACUGGAUCCUCUGUUUUGUUAUAAUUGGAAAUAGUAUUUUCACUGGUGGCAGUCUCUUCUUCCUCCCCAUUUCCCAUGAGUAAGCUCUAAGAAAACUUGUAGUGCUUGUUCAGAGCUGCACAGGGACUUAGUCCUACCACUUGCUUGUUACUUUCUUGGCUGUUAGAGUCCUUCAGGAAUUUGUAUGCAUGUCUAACAAGAUAAUGCUGGUUUUUAGUCUUUUAUAGUUCAAAAUAAAUCUCGAGAACCUUGUCUACAGAAAA